CCCCACCGCACGCCAUCUUGGCUCGAGCAACGCUAAAAUACGAAUCUGGGCCCACUCUCCCGGGCCAUUUCGGUUCCUGCCGGAACAGUUUCCUGGACGAUAGAGGGAGGAGCCUGGCAUUUCUGGAAGUCGGAGGAACAGCCAGUCAAAGCCAGCCAGCAUCUGAGGCAGCGUAGGAACUGGAACAACGGUGGACGAAGGGUCGGCUGUGCUGGAAUACGAUAUAAUUUCAAUAUUCACAAACACAGACGGUGAAUGCAACAGAGUAGUCGUCGACAUGCACGUGAAGCUCUUCCAUUUGGGCUCGGGAAGCUGAAGCAUAUUGAAGCCCGGUCACAUUACGUUUUCGGUGGGAUAAGCCAUCUGUGAUACACUGGGUGUGCACAGCGCAAUAACGGCGCGAGCCAACCGGUUAUUCCAUCGACAGCUAGCUCAUAUUAACCCAGCUAGCCAACCAUUUUCGAAAGCCCCGUUAGCUUGCGGUGCAGGGAGCAUCUUGGUCGGUGCGGGAAGUGUCCGUGGAUGCUGCUGAGGGAGUCCUGUAUUUGGCAGUACCCAACAGUAAGGUUCAAACCCGAGGCAUGCAAAGAGGGGUGUUUUUCUGCAAGCGAGCGGGGAAAUCUCCACGCCCUGGGGUCUGGUCUGUGGUUACUAUUUAGCUAGCUCGCUGGCUAGCCAGCCUACCGGGAGAGUAGCUCAAGUGAAGGUGGGGCCGCGGAGUGACAGCCUUGGGCGCCAGCUAAUGUGGCUAGCCGGCUAACUUUGGGGGGUUUAUAUUACCAAGAGUGUGCAGUCUGGGACAAUAGUAACCUCAUUCAGCAAGAAAAUACGAUACCAUUGAUUUCCUUAAAAAUCCGUGUGGGUGGGAUAUCUUGAGGAGAGCAUCCUCGUUUACCUGAAUGACCAUGGCGGACGACGACGUGCUGUUCGAGGAUGUCUACGAGCUGUGCGAGGUGAUUGGCAAGGGUCCCUUCAGCGUGGUGAGGCGCUGCAUCAACAGGGACACGGGCCAGCAGUUUGCUGUAAAGAUCGUCGAUGUGGCCAGCUUCACUUCCAGCCCUGGUCUCAGCACAGAAGAUCUGAAGCGAGAGGCCAGUAUCUGCCACAUGCUGAAACACCCCCACAUCGUUGAGCUGCUGGAGACCUAUAGCUCUGAUGGCAUGCUCUACAUGGUCUUUGAAUUUAUGGAUGGAGCAGAUCUGUGUUUUGAAAUUGUGAAGAGAGCUGAUGCUGGGUUUGUGUACAGCGAAGCAGUGGCCAGCCACUACAUGAGGCAGAUUUUGGAGGCACUUCGGUACUGCCACGACAACAAUGUGAUUCACCGCGAUGUAAAGCCUCACUGUGUGCUGUUGGCCUCAAAGGAGAACUCUGCUCCAGUCAAGUUGGGAGGUUUUGGAGUGGCAAUACAGCUGGGAGAGUCUGGUUUAGUAGCUGGAGGUCGAGUCGGCACUCCCCACUUCAUGGCCCCAGAGGUAGUCAAGAGGGAGCCAUACGGCAAACCGGUGGAUGUCUGGGGGUGCGGAGUCAUCCUCUUCAUCCUCCUGUCUGGCUGCCUUCCGUUCUACGGCACCAAGGAGCGUUUGUUUGAGGCUAUCAUUAAGGGGAAAUACAAGAUGAACCCGCGCCAGUGGGCCCACAUCUCAGAGAGCGCCAAGGACCUGGUGAGACGCAUGCUGAUGCUGGACCCUGCUGAGAGAAUCACGGUCUACGAGGCCCUCAACCACCCCUGGCUGAAGGAGAGGGACAGGUAUGCCUACAAGAUCCACCUGCCUGAAACAGUGGAGCAGCUGAGGAAGUUCAACGCCAGGAGGAAGCUGAAGGGUGCAGUGUUGGCUGCUGUUUCAAGCCACAAGUUUAAUUCCUACUAUGGCGACCCCCCAGAGGAGCUACAUGACUUCUCAGAUGACCCCACCUCCUCAGGACUGCUAGCUGCUGAAACAGGGGCAGUAUCACAGGUUUUGGACAGUCUAGAGGAGAUUCAUGCAUUGACCGACUGCAGUGAGAAAGACAUGGACUUCCUCCACAGUGUCUUCCAGGAUCAGCACCUCCAUACCCUGUUAGAUCUUUAUGACAAAAUCAACACCAGGUCAUCCCCUCAGAUCAGAAAUCCUCCAAGUGAUGGAGUGCAGAGAGCCAAAGAGGUUCUGGAAACCAUCUCAUGUUACCCAGAGAACAUGGAGGCCAAGGAGCUCAGGAGGAUCCUCACACAGCCGCACUUCAUGGCUCUGCUGCAGACCCACGAUGUCGUGGCCCACGAGGUCUACAGCGACGAGGCGCUGAGGGUGACCCCCCCACCCACUUCACCUUACCUGAACGGAGACUCCCCAGACAGCACCAAUGGAGACAUGGACCUGGAGAACGUCACCAGGGUUCGCCUGGUCCAGUUUCAGAAGAACACUGAUGAGCCCAUGGGAAUUACUCUGAAAAUGAAUGAGCUCAACCACUGUAUUGUGGCCCGAAUCAUGCAUGGUGGAAUGAUUCAUCGACAAGGGACUCUGCAUGUAGGAGAUGAGAUCCGAGAGAUUAAUGGCAUCAGCGUUGCCAAUCAGACGGUAGAACAGCUCCAAAAGAUGCUGAGGGAGAUGAGGGGUAGCAUCACCUUCAAGAUUGUACCCAGUUACCGGUCUCAGUCCAUGUCUUGUGAGGUAGGGAAUCAAAAACACACACACUUGCAUACAUUUUUGCAUAUUCUACAAGGGGGUAACUAUUUUUUUCUGUUGCAGAAAGAGUCACCAGAUUUGUCCCAGCAGUCACCUGCAAAUGGUCAUGCUAGUGUUACUAGCUCCAUCCUGGACCUGCCAUCGACGAUCCAGCCCAAAGGCCGUCUGAUCUCCAGACCUGCUAUCAAGGACAAAUUGUCCAUCAAGAUUUACGUACGUGCUCAGUUUGAGUAUGACCCGGCAAAAGACGACCUCAUCCCAUGUAAGGAAGCAGGCAUUCGCUUCCGGGUGGGUGACAUCAUUCAGAUCAUCUCCAAGGACGACCACAACUGGUGGCAGGGAAAGCUAGAGAACACCAAGAACGGCACAGCAGGCCUCAUCCCCUCACCGGAGCUACAGGAGUGGCGUGUGGCGUGUAUAGCGAUGGAGAAGACCAAACAGGAACAGCAGGCCAGUUGUACCUGGUUUGGCAAAAAGAAGAAACAGUACAAAGACAAGUACCUGGCCAAGCACAAUGCUGUGUUUGACCAACUAGAUCUCGUGACGUAUGAGGAAGUGGUCAAACUGCCAUCGUUCAAAAGGAAAACACUGGUUUUGCUUGGUGCACAUGGAGUUGGUAGGAGGCACAUCAAGAACACACUCAUUACCAAACAUCCUGACCGCUUUGCCUACCCCAUUCCUCACACGACUCGUCCUCCUAAGAAGGACGAGGAGAACGGAAAGAACUACUACUUUGUGUCUCAUGACCAGAUGAUGCAGGACAUCAGCAACAAUGACUACCUGGAGUAUGGCAGCCAUGAGGAUGCCAUGUAUGGAACCAGGCUGGAGACUAUCAGGCAGAUCCAUACACAGGGCAUGAUCUCCAUCCUGGAUGUCGAACCACAGGCACUAAAGAUCCUUAGGACAGCUGAGUUUGCUCCCUAUGUUGUCUUCAUCGCAGCUCCCACCAUCACCCCAGGCAUGACUGAGGAUGACUCUCUUCAGCGGCUCCAGAAGGAAUCAGAGAUGCUGCAGCAGACUUACGCUCACUACUUUGACCAGACCAUCAUCAACAAUGAGAUUGAUGACACCAUCCGACUGCUGGAGGAGGCCGUAGACCUGGUGUCCACCACUUCUCAGUGGGUCCCUGUCUCCUGGGUCUACUGACAUACACUCAACGGCCAUUAGCUCAUCACUCUGAACGAUCCGACACGGAUGCUAAACUUUGGUCAAAUCCCCUUGAAUCACAUCUCUCUCAUCACAAUCGUACAUUUCUGUAGAUAAACUGUUGUUGAAAAAGAGGGAAAUGAAGAAACUAAUGACUGAUUACAGAGACUUCAUCCUGCCCCUACCCCCUUUUUCUCAACAGCCUCAAAAGGCAUAUUGUUGUGUACAUAUAUACAUAUAUACAUAUAUAUAUAUAAAUGAUAAAAAACUAAGUGAAUAUGGUUCUGUCCUAAUAUAGUUGAAGGGUGGGGAGUGGAGGGGCAGUCUGGUAGAUAUUUUGUACUUUUCUUUUGUAAUUGAUGGAUGGGUGGUAAUAUGGGAAAGGCAAUAGCGAGCAUGACCAUAAAGCAGUCUUAUGUGGGUGCCUGUGUGUGUGUGUGUGUGUGUUGACCUUUUAAGGCACUUCUUGUGGUACUCUGUGUCCUCCUCUCCAACAUCUCCUAAUCUCCUCGGCCCCUGUGACAAACAAGCCGAACUUUGAAGCACAUUAGAAGCUGCUAUAGUGGCGACAAGUAACUCCCUCAGCUCCACAUGCAAGUUUGAGCGAAGCAAAAAGCACAGGAAACUUGGCAGUUUCUUUCUCCCUCGGCCACUCCCAGCCCUUUAUUUAUUUCACCGGCCCUCUGUGCCUGUCAGUUUGUUGAAGGAGCACACUGCAUCCCUCUACGCUGUCUUUCCGUGUGUUGCUGUAGCCUGUUGUACCAUGCUUCCCUUCCCAACCUCUGACGGUCUUUGUUUACAUCUCAGUUUGCACAAAAUGGACAAUGAAGAAGACGUACUGCAUUUCGUCACCUCACAGUUUUCAUUUUGUCUUGCCUACUCUCUGGCUGUGUUUACCCCUCUCCCUUCAUACUUGAAUUGCUAAUCAGUGGUCAAUGGACCUGGAAUAUCGUUCUUGGGGCAUGAUCAGCUAUGGAAAAGCACUUACAUCCACCACUAAACAUGGCUCCUGAGCUGGAAGACAAAAAAAACUAACGGAAAAGGAGAAAAAUAAACUGCCUUAUCAGAGCCUCGGGGAAGAAGUCGGUAACACCUAUGCACACCCCUGGUUUCUGCCAGGCAGACCGCCACGACAACCAUUUUCUUCUUUCCUCACACUCAAAUAGUGAGCCACACUUGUUAAAAUUAAAGUGUUCAUGGCAAUGUCUGUGUGGAAGGGAAGAGCCUCACAUAGGUGGGAUAAAUCCAAUCCUAGAACAACCGUUAACUGUUGUCUUUAAAAAUAUAAGGAGUAUUCUUGUUUUGAGGGAGAGAAAAUAACUAAAUUUUGUGUGUAAAUGUUUCAAUGGUGCGUACGUCAUAUGAGUGAAUUACCAAGAGCCAGUGUAUAUUAAUCCUUAAAAGAAGCUCAGUAUGUGACAUAACCUCUUGAUGCUUUACCAGAAGUGGCACAACGCAGCCCCACCUACAGUAACUCAGUAUGCAGGCACAUCAGUUGAAGGGUCUUUAAAAAAAAUUAUUUAAAAAAAGUCAAUAUUUUCAACUGUGGUGUGGUUGCUGUUUUACACUUCAAGUAAAGUGUUUUCAUUUCAAGUCCUGUGUAAAUUACCUCUGCAAAUAACAAAAGCAGCUCUUCUGUAUGAAAUGUUGUUCUUUUUUUGUUAUUUCAUUUUUAAAAAAAUAUAUUUCCUUUUACGUGUUUAAAGUAAACUGCCUUCCUUCUGAUUCUUUUCUGAUGUGUGUGGGUAUAAUAAUUUUGUAGUAUUUUACAUACAGAUUUAGAAGUCCAACAGGGGUUUGCAAAACAAACAUUUCUGAAUAUUUUGUCAUUGUUCUUGUAACAAGUGAAAUUUGUCUAUUGGAUUUCUCAAUGAUCCGAUUUUAAUGAGACGCUCCCACAGACACGACGAUGUAAAUCUACUCUGUAUUCUAUGUCAUGCCCACAAGGAAAGCGUAAUGAAGGUCUAUAUAAAAUCACAUUCUUCUCAUAAAUAAUACAAUAUUG